AGUGGUGACCCAAUUCUUCGUGUUCCUCUACUGUAAAUGUCUGUGGCGAGGCCUGAAGUUUGUCGCCAGAAAGUUUACGGGGCGCUGCGAGCUGCAGAGAAUCUGCUACAACAACAAGCAUGGAGCCCGCAGGACCCUCAAGAUAGAAUCAUCUCUGAGGUACUCCAAGAAUGAGCUGCUGCAGUCUGCCCUCAGCGUCCACCCUGACAAAGUGGAGAAAACUAUUGAGGACAUCAUGGCCUUGAAGAAGAUUAACCCUGACACCAACCCACAGCUGGGCAUCUCUCUGCAAGCCAGCCUGCUGCAGAUCGUGGGCUACAGGAGCCUGGUGGCAGAAGUGGAGAAGCUGCGCAGGGAGCCUUAUGACUGUGAAAACCCAGAGCACGAGGACCUGCUGAUGAAG